AUGGCAAAAUCUGUUCUGGACUUCUUCAAGCCAAUGCGUGGCGAGGCGAUCGCACGACUACGAACCAACUCUAUCGGGCUCGUCAGCCUCUCGAUCCUGGCCCACCUCCUCCCGGUGCCAACACCAUGGCGCGCGUUUGAUACGGUAUGGAAGCAACGGCCGGCGAGUGCGCCUUACUACUACACAUGUGCUGCUGAGCUGCUCGUGUUCGGAUUGCUAGCUCUGAACGUGCUGCAAGCACUCUUUGCACUCAAGUACCCCCGUGCACCCCUCCCGCCGCCUCCAUCUGCGCCUGCUACCCCUGUCAAAUCCCCGCUUCAGUCGACGCCAGCGCGCCAGUGGCGUUUGCAAAGCAGCACUCCGAAUGCGAGCCCACAACGUCAAAAAGCUUUCUCGACCUACGUCCCAUCUCCCCUACACCAUCCCCCUUCUGCGUCUUCCCAAGCCGAGGUUUCAUUCACGUCCUCUGUGUCGUCUGUGCCAGGGUCACCAGCCUCGCCCCUUGCAGCCUACAGGGGCCGCCACCAACCCUCCGUCGGUAGAGCCUUUGAUGGAUCGCUGCUUAGUCGGCUGGCAAGAGAGGAUUCAGAUGACGAAGACUCUUAG